CCGCCCGCCGCCGGCCCCGCUCUCUCAGCGCCGCCCCCGCCCGCCCGGCGCGGCGUGCUCGCGCGGAGGGGAGCAGCGCUGAAAUCCGCUUUUUGGCUUGUUUGUUGUCUGUUUUUUUUUUAAACCCUUCCCCCCUCCCUCUUCCCCUUACAACUGGGGGCGGUUCUCGCUUCGCCUCCCUCCUUCCCUCCCUCCUGCGCGGGUUGCUCCCUCCCCGUGGGGCGCAGGGAGGCGAGCCCGCCCGCCCGGGAUGCCAUGGCUCCGCCGGGCUCCGCGCUGCCCGCCUGCCUGCUGGGGCUGCUGCUGCUCGGCUGCCGCGGAGAUUUUGGCCGUUCCUCCGAGCUGGCGUUUGUUGUGGAGCCGAGCGAUGACAUAGCUGUGCAGGAGCAACCCUUGAUCCUCUACUGCCAGGUGGAGGGCAUCCAGCCCAUCACCAUCACAUGGCGGAAGAACGGCGUGAUGAUCAUGGACAGCGAGAAUGCCUUCAUGUUGGCCAACGGGUCGCUCUAUGUCUCCCGCUUCCAGAGGAUCCGGGGGGAUGGGUCCUCGGAUGAAGGCGAGUACGACUGCAUGGCGCAAAACCUCUACGGGCUGGUGGUGAGCCGGAAGGCGAAGAUCCAAGCAGCAACGAUGUCUGACUUCCACAUCCACCCUCAGAACGCAGUGGUGGAGGAAGGUGGUGUAGCCAGAUUCCAAUGCCAGAUCCAUGGGUUACCUGAGCCGGUCAUCCUCUGGCAAAAGAACCGCAUGCCAGUCAACACAGACAACGAAAGAUACACGCUGCUUCCCAAGGGCGUCCUCCAGAUUACGGGACUGAGGGCAGAAGACAGUGGGAUUUUUCACUGUGUUGCCACCAAUAUUGCUAAUGUGAAGUUCAGCCGGGAGGCCAGGCUCACUGUGUCAGGCUCCCGCUCCAGUGUUUACAAGGACCCCAUGAUUCUUGUUGGUCCGGAGAACCUCACACUGACGGUGCAUCAAACCGCUGUGCUGGAAUGCAUUGCCACCGGCAAUCCCCGGCCCAUCGUCUCCUGGAGCCGCCUAGAUGGCCGUCCAAUCGGCGUGGAGGGGAUCCAGGUGCUGGGGACGGGAAAUCUCAUGAUCUCAGACCUCACCGUGCAGCAUUCUGGCAUCUACGUGUGCGCGGCCAACAAACCUGGCACUCGGGUGCGAAGGACAGCGCAGGGCAGGCUGGUGGUACAAGCCCCCGCAGAGUUUGUGCAGCAUCCCCAGUCCAUCUCCAGGCCCGUGGGCACUACUGCCAUCUUCACGUGCGUGGCCCAAGGGGAACCACCCCCGCAGAUCACUUGGCUUAGGAACGGGCAGAUCCUGGAGACCAGUGACCACAUUAAGCUGAAGAAUAACAACAGCACGCUGUCCAUCUACGGGAUCAACCAGGCGGAUGAAGCCAUCUACCAGUGCAUCGCCGAGAACAGCGCCGGCUCCACGCAAGCCAGCGCUCGCCUCACGGUCCUGUGGGCCGAUGGGCUGCCCGGCCCUCCGCAGAGCGUGAAGGCUGAGACGGUCUCUGCAACCACCAUCCAGGUGUCUUGGAAAGAACCUCUGCAGAACACCAAGGAGAUCAUCGGCUACGUGCUGCACAUUCGGAAAGCCGCAGAUCCUGUAGAGAUGGAGUAUCAGGAGGCUGUUAGCAAGAGCACCUUCCAGCAGCUAGUGACUGAUUUAGAGCCCUCCACCAGCUAUAGCUUUUACAUAAAGGCUUACACCUCCCGGGGUGCCAGCAAAGCCUCAGAAGUCACUGUGGUGAGCACGCUGGGAGAAGUCCCAGCCAUACCAUCCCUCUUUAUUAAAGUCAUUAACAGCACCACCGUCCAGGCUACAUGGGAACCCUCCAUCAAGCUGGGCCAGCACGAAGGCUUCAAGCUGUAUUACCGCAAGGUCCACCUCUCCCAGUACACGGGUCCGGUGCUGCUGCCGAGCAACGUCACGGCAUAUAACAUUACCCACCUGGAUGCGUCAGUGGUGUAUGAAGUCAAGCUCCUCGCCUAUAACCAGCAUGGGGAUGGAAAUUCAACUGUCCGCUUUGUGUCCUUGAGGGAAACUGUGGAGAGGACAGUGCUGAAUCCCCCUUGUGACUGCAUGAAGGACGAGCAGAACAAUAAGACCUCCACGACUGGCAUCAUCAUUGGGAUCCACAUCGGUGUCACAUGCAUUAUAUUCUGUGUCCUCUUCCUCAUGUUUGGGUACAGAGGAAGGCUGCUGAUGUGCAAAAACGUGCAGGAACAGCUCUCAACCCCACAGAUCCCCAGGAGCCAGCGGAGUGCCACAGGCCUCGUCCUGAACGGAGCCGCUCGCAGGGACAGGGAUGAGCGGGACUUGAAUGGAAAGCAGUUGGAUAUGAACGAGCUGGAGAGGUUAUUCCCAACAUCCACAUCCCAGGAGCAGCAGGAUAAGGGAAUGACGGUGUCUCACAGCCCCCCAGCCGCCCACGACGACACCCAGAUAUCCACCCUCCCUCUGGAUGAGUUCAGCAUCAUCGAGGAGCAGCCAGACCCCCUCCCAAAACCCCCCCACGGCGGCAGCCCCCCAGCUCCAGCUCCCGACCAUGGUCCCGCCAAUGAAGGAUAAAACUGCCAAGACUCGAACCCUCUUGUAGGAAUUACCAGAAACCAAACCCGCGGCUGGUGAUGUCUUUACAACGAGUCGUCAAUCUCAGGUCAAUUGAAGAUUUCUACGGUCUGAUUGUUAUUUUUUUGUUUUGCUUUAUUUUUAUAUAUAUAUAUAUAUAUAAAAUAUAUAUAUGUGUAUACAGCCUUUUGGAAACUCUUGUGAAGUUUAUCUUUCUGACCUCUCUGGGGCCUCUCGGUGUUUUUUCCGAUGAUGGCUUUAUCGAGACUGGUCAUGAUGCAUUUUUCCUGCAGCUGCUACGUAAAAGACUCCUUGGCAGAGUUUUUGGCAAACUCUCCCAUCUCUGACAGACUGGGAAUACUCUGGAGCCUCCUCUUGGCAUCCCAGACUUUUUCCUGAUCAGCAGCUUUAGGACUACUUUUUUGGAUCUAUUUUUUAUUUCCAGAAGACUGGAUUCAGAGAAAUCCUUCUAACUUGACUCCAAAAAUUGAGGCCUGGGAAGGCCAUCUCUCCAUGGAUUUGAUGAUUUUGUACACUUUCGCUGUUUCUCAGGAUAAUUUUUUUGCUGAUGGACUCAAAAUAAUAUGAAAAAAAAAAAGUAAAAAAAAAAAGAGUGUGUGUGUCAAAGGAUGCCUGCCUGAGGGCUACUGAAAGACUUGGACAGACAACCCAAGUGAACUCAGAACCUACCUCAACCGGAAUGAAUGUCUUCUGGGAAGCAGAAAUACCUGCGUCUUCCUUCGUCUUCAACAAAAGAAAACAAGUAGCAUAGCACUUGGUCAGUACAAGCUUGGUCCUACCUCAGCAGUCACACUCGGUACCUGCUGCCUCGGUGGUUUUCUUGUCAUUGUUCCCAUGUAAAGCACUUCCAAACCUUGAAAGCAAUGUUCUACCUCAA